AUGGGACGACCGUACGGGCCCCAGAACAACGACGGUGUAUUGUACGACGUGCCAACCCUGGGAAACUCUCAGGAGGAAUCUGUCGUGUCAUACAGGUCUGCAGCUGUCGACGGAGACGAUUUUGUCUACGAGGUGCAGAGAGAAUUUGAGCUGGUUCCGGAUAUUGAAGACGAGCUUGAAGAGUUCAGCCGACUGACGCGAAUGGGAGACUUUCGAAGAGCAAAGGUCUAUUUCACCAACCAUCUAAAAGACCACAUAGGCGAUGCUUUUGUCUUCAUUCACUAUGCAGAAAUGCUGUUGGAAGCAGGCGACUUCAGAUCGAUUGUUCAGUUGGAAGCUCACGCUCAGAAUGUGUUCCCCUCGGACAUUAGCCGGACACAAAGACCUUAUCUCAACUGGAAAAUCAUGUACUGGAUCGCUUUCAGUUCAAAUCAGCAUGAUAUGCGAAAGAUCUUUGCCGAGAUGCGAGAUGCAUGGCUACCAGUGGAUCCAGAUGGCGAGUUCGACUCUACGCAGAUACGAAUCUUCUGCCUCCUAAUCCGUCUGAUAUCGACUCAUCGGAGGUUAGUCGAGCCCCUCUUCUUGCCGCCGGACCCUGCUUCUUGGAUUGACUGGAGAGCGACAUAUCAGCAGCUCCUCAAAGAAAAUAGAAUCUGGGACUUGAGAGACAUCCUCGCGGCCUUUUGUAUCUGGACACGUCCCCUGUGGGGGUCCUUUGAGCGCAUUUUCUUUGAGUGCGACAGCCCGACGACCUUUUUUCAACGCAUACAUGACGAUUGGAUGACAACAGAGGCCGAUGAAUCUACUCAUCUCACCCUCUUGGAAAUAUUCUCUUUGCUGGCUCUCAGCGCUACGACUUAUGAUCGCUCCACAAGGUUCUCUGCCGCUGCAAUUCUCAUCGCCAGGCCUAUCAGCGAGACGGUACUAGAAAUGUAUCCGGCCCAAGCAAUUACGAGACCAAUUUUGUACUGGCUACUGGCAACAAGUACCGAAGAAUUGCUCGUCCAAUCUGAAGCUCAGCUUUCCCUCUCUCGGCCUGAAAGCCCUGGCCCUGGUCUAUGGAUAGUUCCGAAGAGAUUAGGCUGUGGCAUUCCCUACUAUAUGCCGAUCAAGUCCGAUAACCCUGGUUGGAAAGCGCUUGAGAUGCCAAAUAAUGCAAAGAGAGCGGUGGAAAUGGCAUUGGGUGCUGCCAGAUUUCUGGGAGACUAUUCAUUACAAGUCGCCUGUCUUCAAGAGCUCAUUGAUUGGUCGAAGAGUCCAGCAUUGUUGUUCGAUGAACUGUCCAAAAUCCAGGACCAGAAACAAGGUGACCUGUAUGGUCACCUCGGGACCUGUCUCUCGCAAUAUUUGCUCUGCGAGACUGAGGAAUCAAAGAGGCUUCUCCGGGCAAAGAUCUCUGCUUUCGGCUUUUGGGAGAAUUUUGAGUAUUUACCAACCAAUCAUGUUCUGAGUUUGGCUGCGCGAGAUGUCCUACUCAUGGCGCUAUCGGACGAGGAGAUGGCGGCCUUUGACACAUCCAUCCACGCCGCGCUACGUUUCUCCGAUUGGCUUCCUGGAUCAGUGCGGCAGAAGAUCAACUAUCACGUCAAGGGAAGAUCGAACAUAAAUCCAGAAAAUUAUCCAGACCGAAGGUUCGAUAUUGUCGAAGUCGGUCGCGGCCGAUAUGAGUACGAGCCUGAGUACAGGACUGCCAGACGUCAUGUGCAGUCAAAGCUCCGUAAAAAAGGAUCUCACGAGCGACUCCGAACGCAACCAAGAGAAGCAAGCCGUCCAAGAGAGUACAGCAGCAAAAGCCCGGCCCAACACCGGCAGAUAAUCCGGACAAAGGUCGAGACUCCACACAAGACAACGCAACAGGCGAAGCAACAGAUAAGGGGCUCCCUGCUCAACGGCCGUCUUCGAACUCCGAGCCCGCAAAUUUGACCAAUUCAAAUUUGUCAGAAACCAGGCCUUCAGAAAGGAAGACGAGUCUUGAUCGUAAGAGCUCUGGCGCACAGAGUCCGAUAGAGGACGAAGCGAUUGUACGUAUUGGUUCGGAAGAGAAGCAGGCUCCCAGUACAUCAAUAUGGGAACAUGCUGUGACAACAGUAAAUCGGUCUGGAAUCCAAUGUGAGAAGCCUGGACGCAUGCGCAAAAGAGCUGCUAGCUUUGACCUGGUGUCACUGAAUUAUUACAAUAGUCCGGCACGAUAGAACACUGUCUCUCUGUUGCAAUUUAAUUGUAAACAAUUUUGAUAGCGUGAAACAGAUACUUUAGGACUUUGGUUUUGUUGCGGCCAC